CCCGGUCUGGGGCGCUGGGGGUUCCGCGCAAGGACGGUUCUUGCGCGCCUGUCCGCGCCUCGCGCGUGCUUAGAUUGGAUAGGGUUGGGCUUCCGGCUAUUCAUCCGUUGCGUGAUGGUCUCGAGAGAUAGCUGUAGUUUCUUUUCGUGAGUUGUUUUUUUAUGCUGCGGAGGCUCACAGUUCCUGCGGCACUAGGAUUAUUGUGUCGUUAGUUCAGCUGAGAAUUAGAGCUUUUACAGGUUAAGAAUGGUUUCCUGGGAUCUGGACAGAAUUCUUGAUGCCAUGUCAUGGAGAACUCGCUGUUCUGGAUGGUAUUCUGGUUUGAUGAUUCCCCGGAAUAUAUAUGCGAUUGCAGCGUUGCCAUUUCCUUUUGUUCUCUGCAAUGCCUGCUUGCCUUGCGUGGUUUUGCAGCCGUGUAGCACGAGGUGCACCGUGGCAUAAGUUUUACUGAUAGACGACUAGGAAGGAAAAGGGCGAGGUGACACUGCAGCUGCACUUCUUCAGGGGAUAGAAUAAUGGCUGGCACUUUGAUUGAGGACAAUGCUGGGGAUAGUAGAUCCUCAUCGACUGAGGAGUUGCCAAGUGAUCAACAGAGCCAUUCCGGGGAAUCUUUAGCAGAGUGGAGGUCCAGUGAACAAGUAGAGAAUGGAACACCAUCCACUUCACCAGCUUACUCGGACACCGACGACGAUGAUUGCGGCCCAAGGCCUUCUGAACUUUAUGGAAAGUUUACAUGGAGAAUAGAUAAUUUCUCCCAAAUCAACAAGAGAGAGCUAAGGAGUAAUUCCUUUGAUGUUGGCGGAUUUAAGUGGUACAUCUUGAUUUAUCCACAAGGAUGUGAUGUUUGCAAUCACCUGUCACUCUUUCUUUGUGUUGCCAACCAUGAUAAACUACUCCCAGGAUGGAGUCACUUUGCACAAUUUACUAUAGCUGUAAUUAAUAGAGACCCUAAGAAAUCCAAGUAUUCUGAUACACUGCAUCGAUUUUGGAAGAAAGAGCAUGAUUGGGGUUGGAAAAAGUUUAUGGAGCUGUCAAAGUUGCAUGAUGGCUUUGUUGUUGAGGAUGUUCUUACCAUCAAAGCUCAAGUUCAAGUUAUCAGGGAGAAGGCAGACCGUCCAUUUCGUUGCCUUGACGGCCAGUACCGAAGGGAACUAAUUAGGGUGUAUCUAUCAAAUGUGGAACAAAUUUGCCGACGUUUCAUUGAUGAAAGAAGAUGCAAGCUUAGCAGGUUAAUUGAGGAUAAGCUGAGGUGGUCCAGUUUCAGUGCAUUUUGGCUAGGAAUGGAUCCAAGUGUGCGGCGACACAUGGCAAGGGAAAAGACUGACAUUAUAUUGAAAGUUCUAGUGAAACACUUUUUUAUAGAGAAAGAAGUUACAUCAACCUUGGUGAUUGACUCAGUAUAUAGUGGACUGAAAGCUCUUGAAUACCAGAGCAAGAACAAAAAGGGGACAUCCAAACUAACAGAGACAGAUGCCCGAAGCACUCCAAUGGUGCUUAUUGAUCAGGAUAUGUUUGUUUUGGCCGAUGAUGUGAUACUUUUGCUUGAAAGAGCUGCAUUGGAUACACUGCCACAUCAACCAUUGCCUACAAAGGAUGAUAAAAGUUCACAGAACCGCACAAAGGAUGGCAGCUCAGGUGAGGAGUUCAACAAAGAUUCUAUUGAGCGUGAUGAUAGACGGCUUAUAGAGCUUGGUUCGAAGACACUGGAGCUUUUUGCCCUGGCUCAUAUAUUCAGCCGGAUAGAAGUGGCAUACCAAGAGGCGGUGGCUUUGAAGCGUCAAGAGGAGCUCAUUCGUGAAGAGGAAGCUGCUGGGCUAGCGGAAAUUGAACUUAAGGCAAAGCGUAGUGCUGCUGAAAAGGAAAAGCGUGCCAAGAAAAAACAGGCCAAACAGAAGAAAAACAGUCGGAAAAGUAAUAAAGGGAAAAAUGGCAAGUCUGACAUGAUUAGUAAGGAAAUACUUAUGGACAGCAGUCCGUCAGAUGAUAUAAUCCUGGAUGAUUUCUCAAGACAAGCGGAAGAAAUGUCCUCAAAUGCCGACAACCCUGAAGAAGUUUCUGAUACAUCUGACAACAGAGAUGAUAAUUCAGACACACUUCAUGUUGAUAUUGAAGACCGUGAAUCGAGCCCUGUUAAUUGGGAGACAGAUGCUUCAGAAACGCAAACCACUGUGCCUGAAAGUGGUGAGGUGCAAAAUGACCAAGCAGGGAAGAGGACCUCUUUUGUGGAUGACAGCUCAUCAACUUGUUCCUCGGACUCAGUUCCUUCAGUUAUCUUGAAUGGAUCAUAUACAGGAGGUGCUUGGACAAAUGUCAGAUCCUCAUCCAAUAGGGGAAACAACCGGAGGAAUAAGGAUACUGAUGCAUGGGCAGGAUUUGCACAAGGCGGAUCCAGUUCCGUACAUAAUGACGUAAUGGGAUCCAGCAGCAUUGCUUCUGGCAACUCAAAGGACAUUAGACAUGAAUCUGAGGAUGAUAAAGUUGUGUUGCAGAAGAAGCAACAUGCACAACGGCAUGUUGAUGUCAUGAGUCCCUCCAAGUUAAGAAUGGCAGAGUCUUCCUUUUCUUCUGUGAGCCCUGUUAAGAAGCAACCUAGUUUGUCCCAGCAACCAAAAAUUUCUUUAGAAAGCACCAAUAGUAUGAAUCAUCGUGCAAGCGAAGCUUCAGGUGCUGUGACUGCCACUUCAACACCAGGUGUCACUUCAACCCCAACAGCUCAGUUAGUUUCAAAUAAAGGACCUCUGUCCAGUCCCUCGACCCAGAACGAGAAGUCAGUUCCAGUUGCAAGUAGACCCCUGCAGGUGCCUGCACCCUCCAAAUCUGAAGCUCAGAAACAGAUUUCCCUGGUUGGCAGUGCAACUACAACCCAGGUCAUUACAGUAUCAAGGCCUUUGAGUGCCCCACAAGUCCCUGCAGCAAAACAAAGUGCACCUGUUACUUCAACAGCCCAGAAUGUACCACCUCUUUCUCGUUCGAUGAGUGCAUUUGGACGGUUGGGAAAUGAACCCUCUGCUAAUGCCCCUAGCUACAUUCCCCAGUCAAGGACAUAUCGCAAUGCCAUGAUGGAGAAAAGUUCUGUUGGUGGAAGCAGUUUCACAAAUCAACCAGGUUCUUCGGAGCAAGGAGUUGCACAUUCACAAUCAAUGUUUACAUCACAACCUUCCAUUCUGUCAUCAGAGAACUUGCCUAGGAAAGAGGAAACAUCUUUGAGACCUGGGUUUACAUUUGGAACCGUUAAGCCCGAGUCACUGAACCAGUAUCAGUGCAGAGAAGAGAGCUCACAGCAAGCAAGCAGCAGUAACAGUAGUGAUUGCACGCCAUCGAGUUUGAACAUCGGAAGUGGGAUAGAGAAGCUCAAUUUGCAUGGAAGAUCACGAAGCAAGCAACUGUUGUCAGAAAUUUCUACAAGAUUUACCCCAUACCAACCACAAGGCCUGGUGGGUGAUGAGUUCCCACACCUAGACAUCAUCAACGACUUGCUGGAUGAGGAGCAGAGCGACAGGAGAAGGGUUCUAUGUCACCAGCAUGGAUUUGCUCGACAAUACUCUAUGCCCAAUGAUGCCAGCACACCAGAUUAUGGUUUGUUUGGUGAUCCAUACCUGUUUGAUCAGGCUGAGCAAUACUUCGAUGAGGAACCUCCGAGGUUUUAUAGCCCAUUGGGUAGUGCGCCUCGGGGGCUAAGGGACCGGAGUUAUUCGCACUUCGAUCUCCCUUCAUACUCCAACAGCGGCCAGUUUGAUGAUUUGAUGAUGAGCCAGUGGCCAUACAGCCGCACCAACCUCUCCAUGCCUAAUUUUGGGUCAGACGCAAGUGGUUACUCCUAUCAGUCGCGAGAUUACCCGAGUUCCGCGAAUGGAGCAAGCAGAUACCCAUCCUAUCGCCCUGCCAAUGGGCAUUGAGAGAUUUAUCGAUUGCAUUGUAAUAAUGUGUGGUAGUCCAUGCUGUUUGCAUCUGAGCUGAGUGUAAUUGUAAUAGCUCCCUGUAGCAAUGAUAUAAAGAAUGGCUCCUCAGUUUUCUUAUUCAAUAGUUAUAUCUUUUUUUUCCC